GUCGCUCAGUCACGUCUGACUCUUAGCGACCCCAUGGACUGCAGCCUACCAGGCAGCCCUUACUAGUAUCUCCCAAUUCCCUCCGACUAUACAAGUCCCUCGAGGUGAGGACUUAACCUUGAAGGGUGCCUGACCCACAGCAGGCGCCGGAUCAGGACUGUCCUCGCCUGAUCUGAGCCCCUGAUGGCCCAGGGUCCCAGGGCUGUUCUCUCGCACGGCCGCCCCUUGCCCGCCCUUUCCCAGGCCCUUCCCGGGAACCGGGUUUGAAGUCGUGGACGUGACUGGGAGGAGUCUGUCCGCCUCGGAUUUCCGCACAGGGAGCCAGGCCGCGACCAUGGCGGAGCCCACCGUGUGCUCCUUCCUCACCAAAGUGCUGUGCGCCCACGGCGGCCGCAUGUUCCUGCAGGACCUGCGCGGCCACGUGGAGCUCUCCGAGGCCCGGCUGCGGGACGUGCUGCGCCAGGCCGGGCCCGACCGCUUCCUGCUGCAGGAGGUGGAGGUGCGCGAGGGCCCGUGGGACGCCGAGGCCGAGGUGGCGGCCGGCGCGGGCGGCGGCGGCGGCCCGGCGGCCUGGCGGGUGGUGGCCGUGUCCUCCGCGCGCCUCUGCGCCCGCUACCAGCGCGGCGAGUGCCAGGGCUGCGACCAGCUGCACCUCUGCCGCCGCCACAUGCAGGGCAAGUGCCCGAACCGCGACUGCUGGUCCACCUGCACCCUUUCUCAUGAUAUCCACACGCCUGUCAACAUCCAGGUUCUGAAAAAACAGGGACUCUUUGGUCUCAACGAGGCCCAGCUUCGGGUCCUGCUUUUACAGAAUGACCCCUGCCUUCUACCAGAGGUCUGUUUGCUCUACAACAAAGGUGAAGCCCUCUAUGGUUACUGCAACCUCAAGGAUAAAUGCACCAAGUUGCACGUGUGCAAGUCCUUCGUCAGGGGAGAGUGCAGGCUGCAGAAAUGCAAGCGGUCCCAUCAACUCAUUCAUGCUACAUCCCUGGAGCUGCUGCAGGACCAAGAACUGGAGAUCUCAAGUGUCGUUAAUUUUCAGAUCAUUUCCACCUACAAGCACAUGAAGCUGCACAAGAUGCUAGAAAAUAAAGAUAAUUCAGCUUCUCCUGCUGAGCAUUCCCAGGACCUUGAGAAACGAGGAGGACACGUAGCUGGGGCUGCAGAGGCUCGACCUCUGGUCUCUGGCCCUGCUGCCUCAGCCAAGAAGCCACGUGCAGGCAAACCUUAAGGGACGUCAGCAAGAUAAGAAGAUUGUCCAAUCGGAAGGGCUAAAAACAGAGCUUCUGUUGAGAUUCGAUUUGUAACUGUUCAUUCACUUAAUCGUUUAUUAAUAAUAGCCAUAAUAAUAUCUACCUCACAGGUUGUGGUGAGAAUAAAAGAAGAUGGGAAAGGAGAAGAUGUCAGAUUGGGAGGAUGAAAUUGGGGCUGAGUGGUUGGGGGUGAGGUUGGAUGUUAAACAGGCUAAGAGAGUGUAAAACCUGGAGGGAGAUAAGGUCAGUUCAGUUCAGUCAGUCCUGGGCAAAUCCUGCAGUUCUGGAGAGCCUUCCCAGGCUGGCUGGGUAGAGUUCUUAAAGACACAGACUCCUGCUAACCUCUUCUGGAACCCAGCCAAGUGCCUAUCUAUACGUCCGUAUACAGAGUUUACCUUGUGGUGUUCAGAGAGUACACACACUUUAUACUGCUUUUUUUUUUAAUAGUCCAUAGCAUUUCUCCAUAUGUGUUCACAUUUAUAAAGCAUCAUUUUUUAUGCACAGAUAUACUCAUAUAUCAUCCUUUGUUUCACUAGUUCCAUUAUUCUGGGAUAUUUUGAUUCUUCCAACAAAUUUUGAAUACAGCUCUUCUUAAAAUCCACAUAAUAUUAAUUUUUAAGUUAUUCUUUGCUUUUGCUUCACCUAUAUAGUUGCUGAACGAUACUCUUGAUUUUCACUUCUUUAAAAAUAUAUGCAGGAAUUCCCUGGCGGUCCAGUGGUUAGGACUCUGCAUUUCCACUGCAGGGGGCACGAGUCAAAAAUAUAUUGUCUAUAUAUGUAUGCCAGUAAAUACUUUUCUGUGUGUCUUCUUUCUAUAUGUCUUUAGUUUGUACGUGCCCUUGAAUUGCUGGAGCCCUCUGUGCUGAUGUGAGUUGGCCUUUAAUUAGGUUCCUUAAAGUUUUUAUAAAAGGAUGAUGACUGUAUAUGAUAUGAUAUCCAGCCCUUGCGGAUUCACCCUCAGCCAACACCGCAGAGAAUUUAACUUUUGGGUGCUCACCAGAGAUUUCUACCUCACUCUGUCUACUCUCCAUUUCUUAUUAAACUUUUAUCAAAGCUCAGAUUCCUAUAGUGGGAAGGAAGGUAAAGGUAAGUCGCUCAGUCGUGUCCAGCUCUUUGCGACCCCAUGGACUGUAGCCUACCAGGUUCCUCCGUCCGUGGGAUUUUCCAGGCAAGAAUACUGGAGUGGGUUGCCAUUUCCUUCUCCAAGAGAUCUUCCCAACCCAGGGAUCGAACCCAGGUCUCCCGCGUUGUAGGCAGUUCCUCCAAGUUGUGUCCAUUCUUUCUGUGAUUAAGAUGAACCAUCAGAAAUCUAAAUACCUCGCCCAUUCUGUACUGACUUCCUGCUUCCUCCUUUCUCUCUGCCCCUGCCUACCCAGCUGGCUCUGUCGAGUUAUACCCCAGUUUAGUUCUUUGUUUUCAUCAAGGGGUACCACAGAGAUCAGCUUUGUGAAUUUCUUUCCUGUGUUUGUUGUAGUAAUAGCCCAAAUAUUGGUGUGUAAAGUUGUUUUCUUUCUUUUUUUUAAAAUUUAACUGUCUGGCAAUAACAUAACAUUUGAGGAAUAGGCCAAAUUGGUGAGCUUUUCAUCCAGCUGAAUUUAUUUAAUUUAGAAAAUUUUUAAUCAUGAAAAUUUUUCUUUUCCGUUGAGUGAGAUGAGUAAAUAUGUCCUUUUAAAGUGAGAAAGUGCUGUGUUUUCUUCUGAUGGACAAUGAGAGCCGUGCGACUUAAUGCUAAUCCCUUCACUUUGAUUGCCAACAACAGUAUUUCUGAAAACUCUUAGGUUUUGCAUAUCUUGUUUCUUUUUUCCUUGUUAUGAUUGCUCCUGGUGAUAACUUUGUAAGAAAAAUAUUCAUAUUUUAUUAUGACUUGCAUUUUAUUAUUUUACUAUUAUAUUUCUUUUGAAAGCCAUGUGAAAUCCUUAAUGGAAACAGUGUAGCGUAUAAAAGCAUAUUCUUUACAUCUUUGGUAGAUUCGUACAUUAUUGUGUUCUUUUUGUAUAUCUUUUUUAUUUUUGUAUAUCUUAUAAUUAUGCCUUUAUAUAUGAAGUUAUUGACUCUCUAAUCUUUGUUGCAAUAUUUUAUUCAAUUCUGUAAUAUUCCAUUUUAAUCUUUGUUCCAUUAGUAGUCAUUCUGUAUAAACAUUUUAUGUAUUCGUACCUGUCUCUCUUAUUUUAACUUGAUGAGUCGGCUGUUGGAGAGUUAAUCAGGUUAGAGUUUUCUUUGACAGUCCAUCAGGGCUUAUCAGAUGAAGCUGCACGUCUAUGGGCUCCCUCAACUCCAAAUACCCUAAAUUGAAUGACUGACUUUCCUUCAGAUUUGUUCCUCAUUUUGUUCUUAAUUUUGAAGUGUCCCCACUAAAUGACUUAGGUGAAAACCCUGCAAAGUGUCCUCUACUUUUCUUUUCUCCUUAUUCCGUGUCAGAUUGGUUACCCCAUGUUGGAGAAUUUCCCACCUUAAAAAUCUCUCACAUUUUUGCCCUUCUCUACCUCUUUCUUUGCAUCCCCAACCCACUGCCUUUAUGUAAGCCCUCAUCACUUCUUGUAUUCAUUUUAUAGAUGGAUAACUGUGGUUUUCAAGUCAUGUCUUGUUAGAAUUUUGUGGUAGGAGUUGGUAGCCCCAUUGUAAUGUGCACUUCAAGGAUGGUAGUGCCCUUGUAAUUUUUCAUGUAGGAGGCCUUUGCUGAGGGCAUUGAUCUCCUUACCACCCUUCUCUCUCUUUGCUGUCUGGUUAACCUUUUGAGAUGCAAACCUAAUGGCACUGCCAUACCUAAUGGCAUUGCCAUACCUUCAUUGGUCCCCAUCAUGGAGAGUAGAAGCCGUAAAACUCAAAUCCCUACAGGGACUAAAAAGUCAAGGUAAAUGGAUACAGUGAGAUGCAUGUGAGAGGAAUGGGAGGGGAGAGGAGGUGCUGUGGCUGAUUGUCCCAUCUGAAAGGGGCACCUGCCACCUGCUUCCACGUGGGAAUGCGGGACCCAAUUUGACAUAUCGUCCAGUUUCUUAAAAGAAGCCAAAAAUCCAGAAAUUUUUAUGAGCAGUUUGCUGAUUUUUAAAUAUUGGCUUUUACUUGAGUUUUUAAAAUGCAGGUCAAUAUUUUGUGAAUUGACCUACUUGCAGUUUUUGGAAUGUGCCAUUUUAUCUUGUGAUUCUGUUUGUAAGUGAUGCUUCUUCUAAGUAACGCUCUUUCCUUCCUCCUGCCUCAAAACCUGGCAAAAUUAAGUUCUUUAAGGUUCCAGGUUAGCCUUUCCUGACCCCAAGACAGGCAGUUCUCCUCAUGUUCUCAAAGCUCCAGCACUUACUACAUUACAUUGCAAUGCUUUGUGUUUUUAUUCCCUGGCUUUGAGCAAAGACAUUAUUUAUUCUUCUAGCAAAAUUAUACACUUGGUGGUUAAAUAUUUUUUGCCGUAUAAUGAAUUAAACUCUUCAUUUUCAUCUAUUGAGUCAGUAUCAUAUUGUUCUUCAUUGAUUCUCUCUCCUCACAUAUUUUUAAUAUUAAAAAAUAUUUUUCCCAUAAGGAAUGCCAUAUAAAGUAAACACCCUUUUGAUUCUUCAAUUUGAAUUGUCUAGGUCUAAAAUGACCUCUUUAUGACCUAUGUUUAUGAUGUAAUUCCUUCCAUCAAGGAAUAAGUCUACAUUAUUGACAUAUUUCUUGAUUUCUUUCUAUAUAAUUUGUUCAUGUUUUUGUCUAGAUUUCAAAUAUACCUUAUUGCAUAAAUUCUGUCCUGGCUAAAUAUGUCAGUAUUGCUACUCUGUAUGGGACUCUAUCAUUAGAAUGCUAUUGAUUUUCAAAAUAUUUGUCUUUAGAUGAAUUGUCUUCAUCCUGUCAGUAUUAGAUGGUUUGUAUUUAUCUUUUCUUAUAUAUUUCUGUUAUAUCUUUGGUUAAAUAAAAUUGUAAUAACAUAUUUUGGAUAUUCAUUAAAUAUGAAGUUAAUUCUUGGCUUUAAAUAAAUAUUCUCUAUUAUAAUAAGUGAAAUAGCAUCUUUUAUUCUUGUUUAUUGAAAGCUUUUGGUAGGAAUUGUUAUCUUUUGAUAUAAUCGUAAUUUUAAUCAUUUAAAUCACCUAAUAUUAUUAUAUUAAUGGUUUUCAUGAUAUUAAGGCAUCUUUAAAUUCUUGGGUAAGCUCCACUUGAUAAUGGUAUAUAUUCUUUUAAUGUAUUUUUUUAUCUUACUUGGUAAUUUUCAAGUAUACACUUCUAAACAUUCAUAAAUAAAGUUCAUUUACAUAUUA